AUGUCCUGGCAUUCAACAUGUAGAGUGGAUUGCGCUGUACUUGUGACCCAACGGCCUGGAGCCAUGGCACAUACAGCUGGUCUAUCUCUUUACGUUUACAUUCAAGCUGAAGCUGGACGCUGCUGUGACUCUUCAUUUAUACAAUAUCCACGUACAGAUGAAGAACGUCAAGCAAAAAUAAAUACGAUAUGUAAUGUUACACAAAGAUUCUGUACUGGAACAUUACAACAAUAUUCAAGUUUCAAUGAUUGUCAACAAUUUUUAAGAACACAAAUACCUUAUGGUUCAUAUGGUAGAGCUGAUCAAGGAAAUGUUAUUUGCCGUUUUGUUCAUACAUAUUUUGUACCUGUAUUACCAUCUAUACAUUGUCCACAUGUGGGUCCAACUGGAGGAGGAGCAUGUACUGAUAAAACAAUCGACUUUUAUUAUAAUCAAACAAAUUUUCUGGCUUGUGCUCAUAAACAAUAA